UCUUUGCCGGACCUUUCUUUCCUCUUCCUCCCCUGACUCUGAAUCUGACUCCACCCUGACCACCGACGCAUCAAUCCCGUACACGGUAAUCUCACGCCGUCACGCGCGUUGCUGACCUCCAAAAUUCUCCGGGUUCACCCGAUCUAGAUCCGCCCCUGCCAUCCGUGAUUCAGUUUGAUGCUAUUGUGUGAUUCUUCACCUUCUUCUUCACCCUGAGCGCAACGCUACGCAGAGAUUCACCUUAGCUGAAUUUCAGGGACGAGAUGGACACCUCCCAGUUCGCCAUGAUUGAGGAGCUGGCUUCGCUCAUCAAGGACAACCUCUACAGCAAGCACCUCGUACUCUCCACCGAGGAGGCCCUCGUCACUCUCCUGCAGCACCAUUACCAUGAUGACAACGACGACGACGAACACGACCGCGACACAACUGAUACACACCGUGGGACAGUUGGGAAUACCAUUGAGCUCCAGCCCACCAGCUCUUACAAUCGCCUUCUCUUGCAUCGCCUCGCCGACAUCUAUGGGUUCGCUCAUGAGUCUGUUGGUGAGGGCGAUGACCGGCAUUUAGUUCUCCAACGCUGCCCUGAAACCGCCAUCCCCCCUGUCCUUAUUAGUGAUGUGUUAUGGAACUAUGACGACUGUGAUGGUCCUUCAGCUUCUGUUGUGCUAACUAGAAACGAGACAGCAGAUGUCCAGAGAACUUAUGAGACGGAAGAUGUUCAAGACUCCAUUUCUGUUGAAAGCCUACAUCUGAAAACUGAUACAGACGCCAAACCUUUGCAGCAGUCAGUGCUACUUUCAGCAGUGCCACUCAAGGAGAGGCAAGCUGCUUAUCGAGCUGCCCGUGAGCGAAUCUUCUCUACGAAUGAUGCCAAGGAAAAGAAGGAUUCAUCAGGGCUAAAAUCUAGACAUGUUCCUGCUGUUGCUCAGCGGAUGAUCGCACAUGCACUUGGUAAAAGAGUAGAAGAUUCAAAAGAGAGAGCUGACAUGGUGAAAAACAAAGAGAAGGAACUGAUAAAUGGACGAAAUAUUCAGACAGGUAGAAUGAAUGAGCUGUAUACAGUUAAACCAGUCAGGAGAGAAGAGAAAUAUGGUGGGAAAUAUAUCUCAAGGUCACCCGGUGGGGAUCUGCAUCGAAACCCGUCCACUCAAAGCCGUCAAACAUCAACUGUUAGCGCUGAGACGCUGAAGAAAGAACAGGCUGGAGCUGCUAAAAGGAUGUUUGCACAUGCGUUACGGCUGCCUGGUGUUGAGAUAACCGAUGGUGCAGCAAGGAAACCCAACUAACAGGGCUGGAGAUGAACGAGACACCGAGAAUACACGGGCUGUGGCUAACCUGCCUGCUGUAUCAUGGAGCUAGCGGUAAGUGCUCACGAUGUCAGUCUGCUUCUUUGGAGUGGCAGUUGUCUGCAAAUUGACACUUAAUACCGUAACUCAUCUGGCAACAGGUUUCUCCUCUGUCUAGCCCAAGAUCUGGAACCUGCAAGUACCAUACAAAGUUUGCAUGUUCUUCUGGCGCUUCGCCCAUAGUAGCCUACCUCUCCGAAUGAAUCUUAGUUGUGAUGAGGGGUUAGAGCUUGACACUAUCUGUCCCAUUGGUAACAGAUUAUGCGAAGUUUCUGCUCACAAGCUCCUGAAUUCCAGUUUGAAUAUGCAUAGUCUUGAGUUAUUGGGCAAGUAUUGUAGAGAUUCUGGAACAAGGUGUGAAGGUGAUGUAAUUAAGAGCACAUAGAUAGGCAUCAAUAUAGAGUUAUAGACUACUGCUGAUGAUGCAAAUGCAGGGCGUCAUGCUGGUGUACUGAGGAUCGGGAUGAGGCUGAUUGAGGUGGUGCUGCUCCUCGGUAGUGCUUAGAAAUAGGGUGAUUUUAACUCUUCGGUCUGUAAUAUGGUCAUCCAGAAUCAACCUCGAGUUUGUCUCGUGUGCCUUGAUCUAAGUGUGAUCUUUUCGUCA